ACACGAUGUCGGACGACGAGAUGGGCCCCGAGCCUUCGCGCCCGCCUCUCUUCUUUGCCAGCUCGGAUGAAGAAGAGGACACGGAGGAUGUGGCUCCGGAAUCUGAGGCCCGGACGGCUCCAGAGACGUCGAGCCCAUCGUCUCGCGCCUCUUCGCCUCCCAUAAUCAUCGUCGACAGCGAUGAAGAGACGAAAGUGGAGUCCCACAUUCCGCAGAAACGCGCCGCACACACGGAUGAGGUAGUUGACGACCCAAAGAGCCCGCUGAAAGCGCGACCGGACCAAGAGGCACCUUCAGCCGACCCUGCGCGCACAUCUGUGCCGCCUGCGGCGAAGAAACGACGCGUAUCCCCGGAGGCACCGCCAACACCGGACUCGUCCCCCACUUACAUCGGCGAAAUGGUGUUCGGACACGCAUGGAGCAACGUGUCCGGCACGGGGUACAUCAAAGUGAACGACCCGGUGCAAAUCUUGCGAGGGUCCCCACACGGCCAAAAGAAAACGGAGGACAAGAAAGCGCUGGGCACAGCAAAGACUAAAAAGUCUGGGGACGGCAAGAAGCAGAUGUCUCUCACUGCAAUGUUGAAGCAGCCGGCCAAGUCAUCCUCGAAGAAAAAGCCUGAUACCAUUGUGCGGCUGUACAACUCUCGGGGGUUCGAAUUUGGCAGACUACCUCAGGACGUCUCUUCUUGGAUCGCGAAACUGCUUGAUUUCGGUAUCGUCGAAUUCCGGGGCAAGAUGACGGAUUGUCCGAACAAACUUACCGUUGGGGCCAAUCUUAUCGUCUCGGCGGACGUCUACAUGUUGCCCACUGCAUUCAAGCCUUUCGGUCAAGAAACCGCCCAAGAAACCGCUACGGACAAGACUUUCCUGAUGUCCGAAGGAACGGAGACUUUGGACGAACAGGCUUUGCGUGAAAGGAAGGCAUCUGUACUCAAACUGUUCGAGGUCCUCAAUCUGCGACCUCAAGCAGGAGCGAAUCUCUCCGGAAGCAAAUCGGACGAGGAAAUCCAUGACGAGGCAAUGAAGAACAUUGCGAAACACAAACCCAAAAAGGUCACUGAAAUCGUCGGCGACGGCGAGGAGAUCGAAGUGGACGAGGGCGAAGAGUUAACGGAGAAUGACAUCGACCUGAUCUACCAGAAAGCGCAAAGGGGAGACAAGACUAUGGGGGAAAUGGAGCCCCCAGAUACCUUCACGCUCACCUUGCGAGGUUAUCAGAAACAAGCUCUAUUAUGGAUGCAUUCCAUUGAGCUCGGGAAAAUGGACGCGCGGGAGGCGAGUUCGAUGCAUCCUCUGUGGAGCCAAUACAUAUUCCCGUCACCUCAGACCGGAGGUUUCAUCGACUUGACUGCGGAGGACAAAGUCUUUUACUUCAACGCGUAUUCCGGUGAGCUGAGCCUGGACUUCCCCAGAGCGGAACGUAAAGGCCGAGGGGGUAUUCUUGCUGACGAGAUGGGCAUGGGCAAGACCAUCGAACUGGCCGCCCUCAUUCACACUAACUGCGAACCGGAUACCGAGCGCCCGGCAGACGAAGCAAGCUCCGGCAACAAGCAUCGACAACUGAAACUGAAUGCUGCUUUCAAGAAAGCGCCGCGCCGCACAUCCAAGAAACCACCCUCAGCCACAUUGAUUGUCGCGCCCACAUCUCUGCUGGCUCAAUGGGAGGCCGAAGUUCUGCGCUGCAGCAAGCCUGGAACUGUCAAUGUCAUCUUGUGGCAUGGGCAGAACCGGCUCGAUCUACAAGAUGCGCUGGACGAUGAAGACGGCGAGGAGGAGGGUAACAGGGCCAUCAAAGUUGUUGUCACGUCGUACGGCGUACUAGCGUCUGAGCACGCAAAAGCGAGGUCGCCGGUGUUCGACGUUGAAUGGCUCCGUAUCGUUCUAGACGAAGCGCAUUCGUGCAAAUCAAGGACGAGCAAGACGGCCAAAGCUGUGUAUGCUCUUCAUGCGAGAAGGCGAUGGGCUGUGACCGGGACCCCGAUCGUGAACAAGCUGGAGGAUCUCUUUUCGUUGCUGUUUAUUACGAUGCCGUUCCUGGCGCGAGACCCGAAAGCAAUCGAGAUUGUGCAGAUCAUUCUCGAGUCCAUCCUCCUCCGGCGGGAGAAGACGAUGCUUGAUACCAAUGGGAAGCGUAUCGUUGAGAUCGAUUAUCUCGAGUUCUCAUCGCUGGAGCGGAGGAUAUAUAACAGCCUUUUCAUUUCUGCAAAACGCGACUUCGAAGACCUGCACGCCAAAGGCUUGGUUGGCAAGAACUACACCCACAUCUUGGCGAUGCUGAUGAGGCUCCGCCGAGCUGUGCUUCAUCCCAACUUGGUGCUUUCAAGCAACAGCAAGUCUGGCGGCAGCGGCGAGGACGAAGAGAAUGACAUUGACGUGAACGAGCUGAUCAAGCGCUUUGCCAAUGAUGCGAGCGAGAGCAACGUGUUUGCGAAGAACGCUUUGGAGAAUCUGGACGUGGAUGAACAGGACGCCGAGUGUCCGGAAUCUGAACUGAUCGAGGUCUUUCGCCCGCCCAGCAGCUCUCAAGAUCCACAGCCUAGUGUCGUUCUGAGGAAGAAUGACUUCCGGUCAUCAACGAAGCUGGACGCACUGGCACUGAAUCUCCGAAAGCUGAGGGACCAAGACCCGUGCUUCCGCGCUGUCGUGUUUUCCCAAUUCACGUCCUACCUGGAUUUGAUACAGACCGUCCUGAAACGCGAACAGUUUGAGCACUAUCGCUUCGAUGGAUCCAUGGAUGUCAAGGCCCGGGGUGCGGCUCUCGAGCAGUUCAGAGCGCCGAUGAGGAAACCGAAGGUGCUAGUCGUCAGUUUGAAAGCCGGCGGUGUCGGACUGAACCUCACUUGCGCCAACCACGUGUUUAUGAUGGAUUGUUGGUGGAAUGCGGCGACGGAAAACCAGGCGAUCGACCGCGUCCAUCGCAUCGGGCAGGAGAAAACGGUCUAUGUCAAGCAUUUCAUUAUCUCGAACACGAUCGAAGGCCGGAUUCUGCAGAUACAAAAGCGCAAGACCGCGAUCGUCAAGGAAGCUUUCAGGGGUAGCGGUUCUGGUUCAUCGCGUUCGGAUCCGGAGAGCAUCGAGAAUCUCAAGAUCAUGUUUGGGGAGGGGGGAGACGAUCUUUGAGUUCGAAGGAGACUUCCAUGUCAUAUCCUGCCUCAUCCCGACGGACUCGGAUGAGUAUAUGUAUAGAGAGAUCGAUUGAGGGAUUGAUUAAGAUAACUCCAACCACGCGCGCGUGCAUCCACCCAUCAUCCAGACAGGUGAUGCGGGAGAGC